AUGUGGGAGACAACUUCAAGCAGCCUGUGCAACAUAUGCAGUUUCAGCCUUAUCACCAUCGACAAUGACGAUCAUCUGCGGUGCGCUAACAGCUUGAAUUUGUGCUGCCUCCUCAUCGUCUUCAUAUGCGCUCGUCAUGUGCCACGCCAGCAGAGCCGUUAUGUCGAAGUUGAUGAUGACGAUGAUGAUGCUUACGAACCUGUUUAUAGCAGCUUAGCGGGUCGUCGUCCACAUCCCAAUACACAACGUGCCUUGUCACACAAACAAGCGCGUGUUUUCCCCGGUGCUUUGGCUAUCAAGAAAUUGGUGCUGUUGAAAUUCAAGAAGAUCGUGCCAAUCUCCUUGAUUCUGCUAAAAUCGAGCGACGAAAACGAAGCCGAACUAGUGCCAGUCUAUCCAACUUCCGAGAUACCCGCUGACGUACAAUUCAUACCAACACCAAAUGGCAUUUCCGGUCACCGCGAUGUACAAGCCAUUGCCAUACCCAGUGAAUUGCAUCAACAACUCGAGCUGAAUGGCCUAGCUAAUUUGGAAAGUAUUGAAAGUCUAUUGAAUCAAGCACAGGAAGGUGAAAGUGAGCAGGAGGCUGAAGAGAAGCCAGUUGCUGUAGUCAGUGAGCAACCCAGCCCAGAAGAUGAGCCAUUGAAUGUUGCUGAAGACGAUGUUGAUCAACUUUUGGAUAAUUUGUCUGUGGAUAAGACUAAGCUGGCGACAGCAAAUGUACAGGCCGUGCGUCGUUUGGCAGCCGAUGAGAUCUCACGUCCAGCUGUUGUGCGCACAUCUCAGUUGCAAGCCGGUGUUGAGGAGAUCCCACUCUAUCUCUACUCCGCUAAGGACACACCCCAAGUAGUGCGUGCGGUACGCAAGGGUGGACGUCAACGUGUUAAGCUAAGUGCACGUCGCUAUUACAACUGAACGGUGACGAGAUCUGAGCUGGCCUACAUCGGACGAUUAGACUGAAUAU